GUUUCUUGGUUCCCACCCUCUCUCGUGGGAUUAUUCUUUUUUAGAUAGCGUGUGCUCUCGGCACACCCCUCUUUUUCUUUCAAUAUCUUCCCUCUCGAAGAUAUCAAAUUGCGAUCUUCCAAUUGAUCCCCCUUUUGUCUCUUUGUUUGGUGUUGAAUUCGUUCUCUUGGAACGUCUGGGUUUUAUUUUCCGUUCUUCCUUCAUCUCUUGCAGUCGAAUUCCAUUAAUUAUUCAAUUCCUUUCGGUUUGGUUUUGAGAUGGAGGGGAUUGGGGGAAGAAUGGGCUCGUCCGGUGGCGGACGGGAAGAGGGAUGGCUUCUGGAAUUCGGGCUCGUCGACGAACUUAAUCAGGCCUCCGAUUUCAUCUGGGCUCCCAAGAUCGUCGAAAAACCGACGGCUUCCAGAGUCAUCAUUGGUUUUGAUGGUUUGCGCAGGGACAGCUCAUUGGAUAAUUCAAGCUCGAGGAAGAGGGGCCGUGUGGAGUCAUGUUCUGCGGCAGGGACCAAGGCUGGCCGUGAGAAAAUGCGAAGGGACAGACUUAAUGAUAGGUUUACAGAGCUUUGUUCCAUAUUGGAUCCUGGGAGGCCACCAAAGGCUGACAAAAUCGCCAUCUUAAGUGAUGCAACUCAUCUUCUGAACCAAUUACAUCUUGAAGCAGAGAAGCUUAAAGAGUCAAACGAAACACUUCAGGAUGCCAUAAAAAGUCUCAAGGCAGAGAAAUUGGAAUUAAGGGAUGAGAAAGUGAGGCUUAAAGCUGAGAAGGAGCGGAUGGAGCAAAUGCUGAGAGGCUUUAGUUUGGCAUCACCCUUCGUCCCACACCCUGCUGCUGCUGCUGCAACAUUCCAUGCAGCAUCUUUUGCCGCUUGCAGCAAAACCAUCCCAUAUACAAACUACCUGCCAACGUGCAUGUGGCAAUGGAUGCCACCAGCAGCAUUGGAUACUUCUCAGGAUCUUGCGCUGAGGCCUCCUGUUGCAUAGUCUCCAACACUCUCAGCUUCACCAAAGAUCCUCAUUGGUCCUUUAUGGUUAUCUGUGUUACAAGUCAUUUGAUGCUGUCAUUUUGUUUAUUCUCUUUGAAUAUCUGAGGUCCAAUCAAUCUUUGGGAUCUCAUGGUUGCAAUACUGUUAUUUUAUUCAUCCUGUAUGAAUAUCAGAGAUCCAAUCAAGCUUUGAGAUCUAUUGACCA